ACGUAGCAACGCUCAAACGAAUGACACGUAGCUAACCAGCUACAUGUAAUAAACAGAGAGGGAAUCGAAAGUUGUAGGAAGAAUUUUAAAAGCUUGAUAGUUGAAUACCUGACUACUGUGCAACAAGUACAUUUAGUAUUUGUUUUUAGAUCUGUCAAGACACAGUAUACCUCAAUAUGAACGUGUUCGACCGCCCCGUUAACCUGGAUCCUCUUCUCAAGUUCUCCCAAAUUUCCCAGUCUACUCAGUUACACCUGAAGAAUGUGUACUCCAGCUUGGCAGUUUGCUUGUUUGUGGCAGCAGCUGGUUCCUAUGUCCAUGUUGUCACAAGGCUCUUUCAGGGUGGUUUUCUGUCUCUUCUGGGAUCCCUGGGGAUGAUGAUGUGGUUGUCCAUGACACCACAUAACUCACAGACAGAGAGGAAGAGACUGGCCAUCCUGGCAGGCUUUGCUUUCUUUACAGGUGUUGGUCUUGGACCGGCGAUGGACUUUGUCAUUUCUGUUAACCCAAGCAUCAUUGUGACAGCCUUCCUUGGUACCGCCAUGAUCUUCAUCUGCUUCACCAUCAGUGCCCUGUACGCCAAGCGCAGGAGCUAUCUCUUCCUAGGAGGGACUCUGAUGUCUGGAUUGUCAAUCUUGUUCCUGGUGUCUGUGGCGAACAUGUUCUUUGGAUCAGUGUUCCUCUUCAAGGCUCACAUGUACCUGGGGCUUGUCGUUAUGUGUGGCUUUGUUCUGUUUGAUACUCAGCUCAUUAUUGAGAAAGCAGAGAAUGGAGACAAGGAUUACAUCUGGCAUUGCGUGGAGCUGUUCCUUGACUUUGUGACCAUUUUCAGGAAACUCAUGAUUCUUCUUGCCAUGAAUGAGAAGGGUAAGAAGAAAGAAAAGAAGUAGAU